CUACCUCUUCUUCCUCCUCUCGCACCACCACCACUCACCACCCCCCACCCCCCACCUCCACCCUCCUCCUCCUCCUCCGCCUCGGCGUUCGUGCAUGAAACCCUAGACCCCCCCCCCCUCUAAACCCCCCUCCCUCCCGCACCCCCCGCGAUGGCCAAGGCGCUCCUCUCCUCGUCGCUGCUCCCCUCGCUGCAGCCCCGCGCCGCCGCCGCGAGGCUGCCUAUGCUGACGCUGCCUUCGCUGCGGAGGCACGGGGGCCGCCGCGCGUCGGCGUGCAGGGUGAGGGCGAGCCUCCACGGGCUCGACUCGAUCGCGGGGCUCGACCUCCACGCCGCGCUGGAGCGCGCCGAGGCGGCGCUCUACACGCUCGCCGACGCCGCUGUCGUCGCGGCGGACGCGGCGGCGGGAGGAGGAGGGGGUGGCGGUGGUGGUGGCGGUGAAGCGGCGGCGUCGGUGGCGCAGAAGAACGGGGGGUGGUUCGGGUUCAUCUCCGAGGCCUUGGAGGUCGUGCUUAAGGUGCUGAAGGAUGGCCUGUCAGCUGUUCAUGUGCCGUACUCUUAUGGAUUCGCCAUCAUUCUUCUCACUGUUAUUGUGAAGGCUGCAACAUUACCUUUAACGAAACAACAGGUCGAAUCAACUCUGGCUAUGCAGAAUUUACAGCCACAGAUCAAAGCAAUUCAACAGAGAUAUGCAGGAAAUCAGGAAAGGAUACAGCUUGAGACUGCUCGGUUAUACAAGCAAGCUGGAGUCAACCCUCUGGCAGGAUGUUUUCCAACUUUGGCAACAAUACCUGUCUGGAUUGGCCUCUACCAAGCCCUUUCAAAUGUAGCAAACGAGGGAUUACUGACAGAAGGAUUUUUCUGGAUUCCAUCUUUGGGAGGCCCUACAACAAUUGCUGCUCGGCAAAGUGGUGCUGGCAUUUCUUGGCUCUUGCCUUUUGUGGAUGGCCAUCCUCCAUUAGGCUGGCAUGACACGAUAUGUUAUCUUGUGUUGCCUGUGCUACUUGUUGCUUCUCAGUUUGUCUCUAUGGAAAUCAUGAAGCCACCCCAGACUGAUGAUCCAUCGCAGAAGAACACACUGCUUGUUUUGAAAUUUCUUCCAUUUAUGAUAGGGUGGUUCUCUUUGUCAGUGCCGUCAGGGUUGUCCAUUUAUUGGUUCACAAAUAAUAUCCUCAGCACAGCCCAGCAAGUUUGGUUACGGAAACUGGGAGGAGCAAAGCCUGUUGUCAAUCAGGGGGGUAGUGGGAUAAUUACUGCAGGACGAGCAAAACGUACGAGUGCUCAACCAGCCCAACCUGGUGAAAGAUUUAAACAGCUGAAAGAAGAGGAGAGCAAGAGAAAAGGCAACAAAGCGCUUGCUGCAGGAGAUUCAGAUCUUUCAGCCUCAACAUCAGAGGAUGAAGAGUCGGAUGAUGAGACUACUGAAGAGCAGGGAGGACCUGAGGAAAGAUACAAUUCCAGUAGCAACAAGAAACUUCCAAAUUACUCCGGAAAGAAGGGCAAAAGAUCAAAGAGGAAGCGCAUGGUUCAGUAGGUGUGACAGAACCUGAUUGGAUUUCAUUUUUGUCAUUACUGGUUAAUUCAGUUGGCCAGUACGGUUGUGUAGUUGAUCUCGGACACAAUUUUGAUGAUCAGUUGGGAAGGCUAAUCUUCAGGUGCAGGACAGACACGAAACAUUCCAGUGGUACAGGUGUUUUGCUGGCACACAGCAAGAUGAAAAUAGUUCAGUACACUACAAUAGGUUUGAGAGGAUAGGCAUGGCUUGAGUAUGUGCUACAACAUAAGAGUAGUACACAAAUUAUUCUUGUGCUACUCUGCAAUGUGGGUACCAAACUCACGCAGGAAUUGCAUAAUUCAUGCUCUACAUGCAUUUAUUUCCCUCUUGUAACCUAAUAACAUUCUUUGCGGAGUAUAUUGCAGAAGUUAGAACAAUCCAGUCGCCUAGAAAAGGUGAGGAAAAAAAAAUACAUUGCUGAACUUACGUCUACUUUAAAUCUUUGAGCCAAUUUCUGUGAUUCUGAGCAAUUAUACUAAUAAG